AAUUAAGCAUAUGUCCACCAGCCCUCUUUGUCUUCGAUGUAUCCAUCGCACCUGCAAACACAGGCUCCACAGCCUGGUCCAUCAUCAUGAUGAACGGAGUAACGGGACGUUCGAGAGACACCUGGGCCGCAACCUGCCGAUGCUGAUCUGGUGGUACGGGGGCCAGCCCGUGCGGACGCCCUACUACCAGCUCAGCUACGCGCUCAUCUGCUACUGGUUCAUGCUCAUCUACCUGUCCACCAGCACGCUGGACGCCUUCUACGUGACGCUCAUCAUAUACCUGUCGUCGCAGCUCAAGAUGCUCAACGCAGCACUGGCUGACACCGUCCAGCUGCCCGGGCGCGGUGAAGCGGCUACCGUAGGCGACCGGCGGUCCGCGGCCUCUGUAACACGGCACGGGGACUACCGGAGGCUCGUCCAGUCGGUGGAGGAGAUGGAGUCGCUUCUGAGCCCCUCCGUCCUCGCGCAGUUCGCCACCAGCACCCUCGUCAUCUGCUUCACCGCCUUCGCUGUGAUGACAUCGACGAAGAGACAAGAGAUGCCCGCUUAUGCCACGUACCUCGCCACCAUGUUCUACGAGUUGUUCAUGUACUGCUGGUACGGGAACGAGCUGCUCGAGCAGAGCGACGCGCUGCGGCUGUCGGCCUACAGCUGCGCCUGGCCGGGGGCUGGCGGCCGCUUCCAGCGCUCCCUGUGCAUCGUGAUGGCGCGCGUCCAGAGGCCCCUCUGCCUCACCGCCGCCAAGCUCUACAAGAUCUCCCGACAGACCUUCCUCGUGCUGCUGAAGGGCUCCUACACGUACUUCGCUCUCCUGCACCAGAUGAACGACCGCCAGCAUAUAUCCUAGCCCCACCACGCGUUCAUCAGUUUGGACUUCUAAGCCGUCGUCAACACAAUUUUGCCUCACAUAGCUAAUAGAGGGAAAUUUCCACCACAUAUACUCGUAAAUUCAACGUUCUGAGAUCGAACUAAUGUCUUACAAAUAGUAUAGAAAUUGACCAAAGCAGUAUAAAGCAUAAGAGCACCAUAUUUCAAAUGAUUUAUCACUUCCGUAAUCUGUUAUACGGUAACUUAAAAUGAAAGUUUUAAGCUGAUCAAUCUGUGAUACAGCGUUUAACUUCGUACAAUAUUAGUAAAGUGAGGUAUCUCAAACGUAAUUUACGUAAGAUAACACGAGCUGCAGAAGACAACUGGGGAAAAGGGAAUAAUAUUGAAAUCGGAUAUUGAAAUAUGUAUUAGUCCUCGGUUUCAGUGUUACUGAAAUGUGCGAGCUGCGAUUUAGCAACGCACUUCGCUACUAGGGUAAGACACCACUAAUGAAAAUGUAGUGCGACAUAGCUUGCAGAUGUUUAAUGCGUUUUAUAAUGAAACUAGCGCUGUAAAUGCUUAUUGCUUAUUCUCUGUUUUAAUAAAAUACGAUAUACCUGUAUAACAUGCACUUCGGUUGCUAGCGUAUGAUUUACGUAAAGCAAAAGAUUAAAUGAAAUCUUAGUGGACAUGUCUACCCUAUAAAGAUGUAAUAUACAA